AACACUUCCUAAAACAUCUAGUAAAAAAAAAAGUGGUCAUACAGCUCUCUUAGAGAUAAAAACUGUGGACUGUUGAAAACAAUACAUAUAAAAUACAUCGGAGCUACAUUUGAGUGAGGCCUACAUGACCUGCACUAUAUGGUUCUGUGUGUUUGUGCCACAUGUUAAGUUCAGUAAAUGGUUGUUUAAAUGAUUUGUAGCAGUUUGCAUGAAAGUUGAGGUGAAAGUAGACAGUAAACAGAGCAUCAUAAAAGAUGAUUUUUAAUUACUGAUUAAAUAUUUUGCCAUUUAGGUAUACGUUAAAACAUAAACAUUAAGACAUGGUGAAAACAAAUGCGUGUUAAAUGUUAGGAACCAGGUUAGCGAAUAUAAUUUCCAGAAGAGUUAAGUGAGUUAUAUAUAUCCUUGAUAAUGGAACAUUUUAUAAGGGGAGAAGGCUUAUUUCAUCUCUAUCAACAUCAUGCUGUUCCCCUUGCUGUACUGCAGGGGGUGAUGUGUCCAGAGCUACUCCAGCAGAUAUGGGGUGACAACGGCACAAAUCCUGUGAUGUCAUACUACUUAAGACGAAGACAUGGUGAAAUAAAUUCCAUAGAUUUUAUGAUUUUUAAAUUGUUUUCAACAACAACUUAGCGUUGUCAUUACACAAUACAUUUAAAUCUAUUUAAAUCAGAUAGUUGGUAAGUGGUGAGAGAGUUGUGCUGUAGUGUUUGGAUAUACCACCAAGAUAAAUGAACAUCUUAUUGUCCUUUCAGAGUAAACACAGACCCCAUUAAUGCUUGUUACCAGUACUGAGAUCAAUAAUUCAUAUUUUCUCAGUGUCACAAUUUCAGUAAAAUCACAUGAAGCUUUAGCUGGUGCCAGUUAAUUAGGACUUCCAUACGCAGUGUUUAUAGGUGAAGUUAUAAGCACUAUAUAAUUGGCUUGCUAUAAUGUGUGAAUGUCUGUUCUAAUGUAUUUAUGACAGCUAAUCAGGCUUAGCGAAGCUGGGUCAGCACACAGUUGUGUGUGUGUGUGUGUAUGUAUGUAUGUGUGUGUAUCUGUAAGCAGCAGGGUUGAUCAGCAUAGAGGAGCACAUGUGUGUUCUGCUGCUUUCCCUUUCUCGUAAACUCUGGAAAUACAUUCAAUGGGAUUAACAGCUUCACCGUUCAACAUAAUCAACUAAGAUGAUGCCGACAUUGACCUCACACUUACCGGUACCAAGGCCUUCCUACACCCAGGCCAGGGAGAACCUAGUGAAGGCGAUCCCACCUAAGCUCCUCUGCCUGCUCGCCUGUGGAGGAAUAGACUGUCGCUAUGAAGGACCAGAGUGCUGGAAAUUAAAUCAACAGGUCAUUCGAGGCCUUUUCUCCUCCUGGGUAACCGAUGACAUUAUUGCCAUGGCACGACCAUCUAAUCAUCUAAUUGAGAAAUACAACAUCAUAGAACAAUUUCGAAGGUUGAACGUCAAAUCGGUCAUCAACAUGCAGCUUCCAGGAGAGCAUGCUCAUUGUGGACCGGCCCUAGACCCUGAAAGUGGUUUCACAUACUCUCCACAGAUCUUUAUGGAGAAUGACAUUUACUUUUACAACUUUGGGAUGCCAGAUUUUGGUGUGUCCUCUCUCGGUCGUAUAAUUGAUGGGGUGAAGGUUUUGGCCUUUGCAGUGAGGGAAGGAAGAGUGGCUAUACACUGCCAUGCAGGCCUGGGCAGGACAGGGGUGCUGAUUGCCUGUUACUUGAUCUACACGUUGCGCAUCAGCCCCAGUGAGGCUGUCCACUACGUGCGGAUUAAACGGCCUCGUUCUAUCCAAACCCGAUCACAGAUCAGCCAGGUGUUUGACUUUGCUCGACUGCUUGGUACACAGCUGGUCCAAUACCCAGACCUCAGCCUGCGGCAUGGAACUCCUUUCACGUUGCAGCACUACCUAAACCGGCAGGCACUACUACUGCAUGGCCAGGAGGCACGCACCCUCAGACAUACACCUAAGGUGGUAUACCUCCUGUGUGUGCGUCUCUCCUGCUUAGCUCUGGGUCUCCCUGCUCCACCAGAGGUCAUCGCUGAGCUGGAUAAGAGGUCAGCACUGAAGACCCUGAGCAGGACUGUGAGGGAGACCCUGGUGGCUAAACAGUACUUGCCCUUAAUGAGGGAUAGUUACAAGAGCUCGUGGGGGGACUCUGGGUCAGUAUCCUCCUGGGACGAGCCACUGGGAUUCUUGGAAAGGAAGAGAGACGUGCUGCUGGACAAACGCAGCUAUAGCGACUCUGACCUCAGCAAGAUCAUAGAUCUGGAGUUGAGUCCAUACUGCACCUCAGCACUUGGAAAUGAGAGACACUGGUGUGUGCAGGAUCUGAUACGACCCAAUCUGAGACCAGUUAGCCCAAUCCUUGCCACACUUUCACCAGACUACCACACAACCGAAAAGGAAUCAAUAUCUAACACGGGAACAAGCAACAACUGUGCUAAAAGGUCUAAGUGCACAAGUAAAAAGGCACUUUCCAAAUACAGCUCCAACACUGAGUUGUGCAGAAAUCCAAAUAAUCCAGGCCCAACCUCAGUCGCCCGUGCUGUAGCUAAGGCAAUGUCAGACCAAGGUCCUCCAGAAGAGACCAUUCUGCAAAGAUCGGCUCUGCUGCAGGAGGAACUAAACAGUAGUGACUGUGGCUGGGCUCUGCUGGUCACCGAGUCAGAUCCCCAUGUUCUCAGCUGUUUGUUAUGGACCUGGCUGGACAAGUUAAGGGACCCCGUUCUGAGUCCAGAGGAUCUAGACAGGUUCAGUUGGGCAAACAACAGGAAACCUCUCAAUGUGCUCAAGAAGCCACAGAGACACACCAUCUAUUGUCUACUGAGCUGUGUGAGCACGGUGACCAGCCUGUGUCCACACAGAGAGGAUGCAGUGCUGCAACGACUGAUGCGGUCACUUACAAGGCGCCCCCAAGAGGAAAUGGGAAGCCUUGCAACUUUAAUGAAAGUCAUGAGGGCGAGUUUGAGAGAAACCCUCCACAACUACAGAUACCUCAGGAGGGCCUGCAGCACCAAUGCUACACUUUGAAGAGCAGAGUCCAUAUCAGAGAAGAAAAGUGACAGAGCAGUUUGAUUUUUAAAGUUUGGUGGUAAUUCACCUGAUUGAGGUUAAAUCAAGAAGUGUAAUGGCCCUUUUUGCAGAAGAUAUUAACAUGUCACAGUAGGAAAAGCGAAUAAUAGACUAAAUAAAGGCUAAAUUUCAUUUAACUGCUUUGGUUUCAGGGUCCUGUCAUACUAUGAUGGCUUCCUGGAACAUUUAAACAGAACCAGAGCCAUGUGUGCUUCAGUGCUUUUCCUACUAUGACAAGUCUUUUUGGAGCCCUUGGUGAGAUUUGGCCUUGGGCAAGUCCACCUUCACAUCUUAUUGUGACCACCCAAUUAUAUCUUUCACUUUACAAAAUAUCACAAGUACCUAUUGGACAUGGAUUCAACAUCAACAGUCUCUCUAUAUAUUUUUUGUUAUAUCAAAUAAAUUGCCAAUCAUUUAACAAGAACUAUGAUCUUCUUAUUCCUGUCUCAGCCUAAGCUGAGUUGCUCUGGUUCAAACUGUUCUCUCUAAAUGUUGUCUCUAAAUGUUUUUGUGGUUUUUGCUUACAGAGGGUAAUAAAUGCAUGAACAUUUAGAAUAUAGUAAGUUUUGAGUGAAGAUUUUUACAUUUUCAGGCAUUUAUUGCUCUUCAUGAACAGCUAGUACAAAGAACAUCCCUCACCACCUCAUAUUUGAACAUGGAUGUAUCCUUGAAAGCACAAUUCAAUAGACAGUCCUGCAUAUUGUACUGGAUCAGUGGUUAAACUUGAAAUAAAACCCAUAAAUUAGAA